ACAACCCGUCCAUUCAUCGCCGAUCCAAACAUGUCCUCCAAGCACUCCACCGCCGCCGCCGCCGCCGCCUUUCCCUACACUCCUCUCCCUCCUCCUCCGCCCGACGCCGCCGCCGUCGUCAUCGUCCUCCCUCCUUACCCCCGCCACCGCGGCCUCCGCCUCCGCCUCCGCCGCUGCCUCUGCUUCUCCGCCGCCCUCCUCCUCACCGCCGCCGCCGCGUUCCUCCUCUUCCCCUCCGACCCCACCGUCGAGCUCGCCCGCAUCAGGCUCAACCGCGUCCGGGUUGGCACGUCCCCGGGCAUCACCCUCGACCUCUCCUUCAACCUCACCCUCCGGGUCCAGAACAGGGACCUGUUCUCCAUGUACCUGAGGUCCUUCAACGUCUCCGUGGGCUACCGGGGGCGGGAGCUCGGGUUCGUCACGUCGGAGGGCGAGCGGAUCAGGGCGCGGGGGUCGUCGUACGUGGACACCACGCUCGACCUGGACGGGCUCCAGGUCGUCCACGACGCGUUUUACCUGCUCGAGGACUUGGCCAAGGGCGUGGUGCCGUUCGACACCGACGCGAAAGUCAACGGGAUGUUGGGGAUUUUGUUCGUCGAGUUGCCCAUUAAGGCGAGGGUAUCUUGCGAGGUAUCUGUUAAUGUCAAGAGCCAGACUAUUGCCCAUCAAAACUGCUCUCCUGAGGAGCUCUUUCAUCCCUCGCCGACGAGUUGAUUUUCAACUAGUCUCUCCUCAGCGAACGUCUCUUGGAUAUCUUUGCAUUACGCCAGUACAUAGUUUUACAGAUUUUGGUUGUUACUCCCAGCAGAUCGGUGGAAAAUCCUCAAUGGCUAUGAUUAUUUGCGUCUAAGGAGAAAGUACAGGCAGUCAAUACUUUUCUAAUAUUAAAUGCUUGCAGUGAUUGCAGAAGGCUUUCAUCUCCGGACUCCAAAAUGUUUGCACUGGGGAUAAAGCUUGGUCUUCGUUGCUGUAUGUAGAUUGAAUGCAUUUUUCAGCGGCCACUGAUUUAUAGGUUCAGUAUGCAAAUGAUGACUGGUACAAUAUGAGAUACAAAACUUUAUAGAGCAGCAGGACCUAUAACUCUGUGUAUAUACAAAAUGGAUAUCCUUUUUCUCCUUGUA